CGUUAAACAUUGAACAACAAACGUUGGUUUUUCGGCACGCAUAACCAGUGUCCUCUAUCUAUCUUUGCUGGCUCUGAGUAGCAGUUGUCCACUAUUGUAGCAUAGCAUCACGCCGUGCCGCCGAGCAUGACUGUUCCAAAUGACACCUCACUAAGCGGGUUCGAUAUUGACGAGUUCGUCACUUGUGCCCGCUAUGGCGAACUAGAUGACCUUAAGGCACUCAUUUCAUCAUACCUUACAUCCCAAGGACAAGAUCAAUCGUCUACAAACCCUGCAACACUCCGCGCCUUAUACACAUCCGCCCUUCCAAACGGAAACACUGCGUUGCAUAUGGCUGCCGCUAACGGUGAAAUAGAGGUUCUUCAGUACCUGUUGCCGCAGCUGACUGUUGGAGAUGUGAACAUAGGGAACAGCGAUGGGUCAACUGCACUACAUUGGGCCGCGUUGAAUGGGAAAUUGGACUGCGUGGAACUGUUGUUGUCGUGCGGGGCGGAUGCAACGAUUAAAAACGAACAGGGACGAAGUCCUGUGACUGUGGCGGAGCAACAGGGACAUUUGGAGGUCGUUAAUGCAUUGCUUAAAUCGUAUGAACCGGAUGAAGAGGAGGCCGACGAAAGUACACCACAGGAGGGCAGUGCAUCUACAGAACCCGUAGAUAGUUAAACUAGGUUCUCAUACGCUCAACUUGGUGACACAUUGUAAAUAGAACAUAGCACGAGCGCAAUAGGGAAUGUAGAAGCACAGCGUGACCGUAAGCCUAGUCUGCUAGGGUCAAGGGUUAUAUAGAGAUCUUAAUCAAUGAUUGCGUUUUAUCUUUACUGUGAAAACGU